AGCUUCCGAUGGCGUGCUCGAACACCACAACGUUCUCCCGCUUAUCAACCCCACACGAAGCUUUGUCGCCAAUGAUGGCGCGCUCUUGUGUCGUCACUAAGCCUUUAUGGCUUUCUCCAACAUCUUGGUAUGCUCGAAACGUGGAGGCGAUUGCUAUUCCCAUGAUUGCCGGUGCAUGUUGACCCGGGGAAUUGAGAGUGUUAAAAGGCGACUGCUCAAUACCUGCGCAGCAUGGCUUUGCCCUGUACGGAACUGCACAGCCUGAUCUCCCGUGGUCCAAGUCUUCUUGUUUUACAGCCUGUCUUGUGAGCGCCUUGUCGAAAGUCACCUUCCGUAAUGGCGUCAUAUAGCAAGGAGGUCGAUGCCAUCCAGCAUACACCUGCGCUCUCGUCCGAAGCCUCGUCUCAGCUUGACGACACAUACGAAGCCUACAAAAGCAACCGAGAUGCCGAAAUUGAUCCUGCAGAAGCGAAGCAAACGCUCAGAAAGAUUGAUCGCCACAUAGUGCCAAUCUUGUUCUUCACGUAUUUACUACAGUAUCUUGACAAGAAUGGCAUCAAUUAUGCUUCGGCAUUUGGCCUGCAAGAGGGUACAAACCUAAAGGGACAGGAUUAUUCGUGGCUAGGCAGCAUCUUCUACUUUGGGUAUCUUGCAGGUCAGUACCCAGCGGGCUACUUACUGCAACGGCUGCCCAUGGCCAAGUUUCUCGGUUGUUGCACGCUUGGUUGGGGAAUCAUUCUCAUGACUACACCGGCAUGUCACAGCUUUGCUGGCAUGGCCGCAAAUCGGUUCCUACUUGGUUUGCUUGAGGCAACUGUCAAUCCUGGCUUCGUACUGAUCAUGAGUAUGUGGUACACUUCAACCGAGCAACCCCUUCGACUCGGAAUGUACUACUGCACCAAUGGCAUUGCAACCAUGUUUGGCGGACUCAUUGGCUAUGCAGUGGGCCACAUCAAGACCGGUCUACCCCGCUGGAUGUAUGUUUUUCUGAUAUUCGGAUCUAUAAGUACGUUGAUGGGCAUCGUUAUCUUGCUUUUUCUUCCAGAUCUGCCGACCACAGCCAGAUUUCUUACCGAACGGCAACGCGGCAUCGCUGUUGAGCGAGUCUCUGGGAAUAGACAAGGUGUCAAGAAUAAACACUUCAAAGUCUACCAAGCGUGGCAGACGCUGUAUGAUCCAAAGACAUGGAUUCUGUUUGUUAUGGCGACUGGCGCACAGAUACCAAAUUCUGCUUUAACGACAGUGAGUAGUCCUUCGCCAAAUUUGCCGGAAAUUGACUUUGUUCAGUUCAGCUCGAUGAUCAUCAAAUCUUUUGGUGUCGACACGCUCGGGACCCAAUACCUCCAAAUUCCAGGUGGUGCCGUGCAGUUCGUCUCCCUUCUUGUCGGGAGCUAUAUCUGUACACACUGGCCCAACAGUCGGUGCAUCACCAUGACCGUCGCGAAUUUCAUCUGCAUAAUUGGUGCCAGCCUUUUGGUUACUCUACCAAGUAAUAACAAAUGGGGUCGACUUGUUGCGCUGUGGAUGUGCUACUUCCAAGGCCUUGGGUUCAGCAUGAGCCUGACCAUCGUCUCCAGCAACAUUGCUGGAUACACCAAGAAACAGCUUACUGGUGCAUUCUUGUUCACAGGUUAUUGCGUAGGCAACAUCAUUGGGCCGCAGACGUUCAAGAGUAGUGAGGCACCUGGCUACAAGUCCGCAUACAUUGCAAUGCUUAUCGGAUAUAGUGUGAAGCUUAUCGCCGUUCUUGUACUUUUUGCCUACAUGUGGUCAGUCAACAAGAAGCGUGAUAGGGAAUCUACGAGUGGCGUCCAGCUUACCGAUGAAGAGAUGAAGGCAGCAGUCGAAGCGGGAAUGCACGAUAGCACCGAGAUUGAUAACAAGGGGUUCCGGUACAUUCUGUAGAAAUCAUAAGUAGCUACGUCAAUGAUCAUUAACGGUUGCUUCCCAUUGCGUAUCUUCAAUCAUUCCUUGCAUACACCAGUUCCAAUUUCG